ACAGCACAGCGGAGCCGCCGCUGGCCAAGAGCGACAGCAGUCAGGACAGCGCCUUUAAAGUCACCAAAGAGCCACUGCUGGACAUGUUUAAUCACUCUGGGAUCUAAUUAUUUGGAUCAUAUUGUUUCGCUAGUUUCAUUUUUGAGCAGAGUAUAUUUGGAGAAGAGCGCAACGCAUCUUCAGUAAGUGUGUGUGUUUGGAGCAGCCAUACGAGAUGACAGACGUCGUUUCAGCAAUGGAUACAGAGGCAAACUGUCCUGCAAGUAUCCUCCAACCCGAGUCAGACCAGAGCUUCAAUUCUCCUAGAAGUCCACCGUUGGACCUGAUUGAUACAGGAAAAGGACUGAAGGUACAAACUGCAACCCCUCAUCUGGUCAGUCUGGGCAGUGGAAGACUCAGUGUGGCCAUUACACUUCUACCGCUAAAAGAGGGAGUGACACGCAUAGGCUGUGAUGACGCCCCUGUACCUCAGGACAUCACAAUUGAGGGUCCGGGCAUUGAAGCAGAACAUUGCAGGAUUGAAAACAGAGGAGGGGUCGUCACCCUUGACCCCUGCGGACACCUGUGUUCACUCGACGGAGUGCCUGUAACCAGACCAACACAACUCACACAAGGUUACACACUUUGUCUAGGUAAAUCUUAUAUCUUUCGCUUUAACCAUCCAGAGGAAGCCAAUCGUAUGAAAAGCAUGCUGCCUCAGAAGAGUCCUGUCUCUCCGCUGGUGUACAGCACAGAUUACCUGAAGUUCAGCAGUGACUUCAGCCACUGCCUGGGUGGCUCUGGAUCCAGAGGGAUGCGCUCUGUCUCUGAGCUGCGGGAUUUGAUGGACACUUUACAAAAAAAGAAGCAGGCUUUGGAAAACAGUUUGCGAGCCAAUGGAGACUCAAGCCCCUCCUACUUCAGUAUGACACAGUCUCCGCCCACCACUCCCAAUUUGCUGUCACCCAUCACCUCUUCUUCCCCAAUAUCCUAUCAGGAACAAGCCCGCCGACUGUACAGUUCAGAACGCCCACCACUUUCGACCAAAGUGCUGCCUUCACCCACCAGCAUGCCUCCAUCUCCUCGGCGUUCUGACCCUCGAGAGCGAGACACAUCACUUCCUUAUUCUCGACCCGUGACCCGGAACCAAUCUCAGGAUAGUCUGCUCCUCAAUUCUUCAGAUAGUCGGCGUACUGCUACUUCAGGCUCAGCACUCUCAAUGUGGAAUGGCUCAUCCACCGCUGCAACUGAUCCCCUUCCUCCAGCACUAGGGGGUGGCAGUGGAGCAGCCAGCAUGCCUUCCAGUCCUCGUCUGGCCCGUCGAUUCCACACCCCAGAGUCUGGGCGUAACGGAGGACUCGAGCCUGUUCCACGUCAGCGAAAGUACUCCGCUGGGUCACUAACAGGCAUGAGCUCACAUAGUCGCUCCCUUCCACGUCUCUAUCGACCUGCAGACUCCCAACUCGCCCUAAUGCCAAUCUAUCGCUCUCCUGAUGGACAUAUUUCUCGCACAAGUGGCAUUUCUGAUCUCAACCACCAGAAUGGUCAUUCUGAAGUCAUUUCCAUCUCGCUGUCCAAUAGACCUGGUACCAAACAACCUGUAGCUCCGCCGGAUGUCACCAUGACCUCUGGAGAAGCCACCAGCCCCCGCCAGGCCAAGAAGGUGAGCCUGACUUCCACCAGCUCCUACUCAGAGGUGGACAGGCAAGCCAUGUGUGGUCCCUCGCCAGCUCUAGAGAUUGGUCUCGGGGAGAGGAGACAGUCAUUUGGAAAGGCUGGUCUUGGUCCGACUGGAUUCAGGGAGCGAAAGGGCAGCAUCAGCUCUCUCAGUGGAAAAGAAGAGCUUCAGGACUACCAUCAGAGACAGAAGGAUGAAAGACUGAGAGAACAGGAGGUGGAGAGACUGGAACGUCAGCGUUUGGAGACUAUCCUGAAUCUGUGUUCUGGUUUGGGACGUGCAGAGCAGGACAAAACUGGCUUGGCCGUCGCAGACUUGCAGAAGAUCAACAAGGAGCUGGAGAAAUUACAGGUGUCGGAUGAUGAUUCCACAUUCUCAGACUCUGCAAGUCUCUCUGCCAGCAUUUCUGCUGAAAAUGACUAUGAGAUUAAAUUCCGGGAGCCCCAGGCCAGUGAGGAGAGACGGGUACGACAGCGCAAGAACAGUGGACACAGGGACGCCAGGUCGGAGACAACAGCAGUCCGUGGAUCCGCUCCCACCCCUUCUCCUCGGCUGAUACGUAUAAACAAGACGACCGAAGAUGACACACAGCUGAAGAACGACGUGAGACGUAUAGAAGAGGAGAGGAUCCAGGUCCUCAACAAUAUGGAAGAACUAGAGCUGAAGAUCAAAGACCUGGACAACCAGGUGGAGGAGUCCAUCAGAGAGUUGGAAGUGGAGCGGGCUCUGCUGGAAGGCGAGCAGGAUUCAGAGAUGGCUCAGCUACAGCAGGAAAAAGACACGCUGGAGCAGCUUAAAGAAAAGAUGGCCAAAAUUGAGAACAAAGCACAGACAGAAAAAUCUCAGGACAAAGCCAAGCUAGAUGCGGAGCGCGUAAAGUUAGAGCGACUGGCCAAUUUGCUUGCAGAGCUGAAGACUCAGUUGGACACCUGCCCCGAAGCCUUGAAAGAGCAACUUCAGCUGCAGCUCUGCAGGGAUGCGGAGACGCUGGAGGUGGAGAGCAAGCGUUUUGAAGACCUUGAGUUUCAGCAAUUGGAGAGUGAGAGUCGUCAGGACGAGGAGAAAGAGUCUCAAACACAACACAUUCUCAGGGAGAUCGCAGAAUACCAGCGCAGCACCGUCACACGCAAGGAGAAGCUCCUGGUCCUGAAGAAACAGUGCACCCAGAUUUCCCAGCAGGCUCAGAGAGACAAGGACAGCUUUGUGAAGGAGAAGAACAAUCUUCAGAUGAUGCUACAGCGAGAAAAAGAGAAUCUCGUCAACUUGGAGAAGAAAUACUCCGAGCUCACUGGGUCAUUGGGUUUCCCUGUCAGUCCCAUGAGUAUGAAAGAGGCCUGCUUCCAGUUGGCUGACGUGUGUCCACCUCAUAGUGAAUUUAGCCAUGCCCACAAAACCCUUUCUCCACUUCCUGCUGACCUCCUGAUGUUUUCUUCUCUUCUUUCCUCUCUGACCACCAAAAACGCUGAGGGCUAUGUUACAGUCACUGAGCUCAAUGAACUGUACUCUCAGCUGGGGGUUGAUUCUUCCCCAAACCCUCACCCUACCCAAGCCCAGUCCUCCCUUGACACCCCUGCCAUGGGGACUGAGCCCAGUCCUGACCCCAGUCCUGCCGAGAGCACUGCCCCACCGAGAGAGGCUGAGCAUUUUCGCUGCCUAGAGGAAAGAAAACGGUAUGGUAAAGAAGGCGGAGCUCAUUUGAGUGACACUCUUCCACGCAAAAAAACUCAGCCCACUAUUACCCCACAAUUCACCUGUGCCACCCUGGGUCGCAACAUAUCACCUAAAUCUCAUCCACCUUUAGCUCAAAGCUCCAGCUGUGGGAGUGUGUUAAACCGAGCCCUUGCCAUUUCCCCUAAAGAAACACACAUGGAUACACACCGCCUGCACAAGGGCCGCAGUCAGCAGCAUGUCGGUGAUGAACACCGAACUAGGUUGAGUGAUCUUAGUGGCCAUACGUCCUCGCAAACCAACGUCUAUCUGGACUCAAUUGGUUACCAGGACAAUGGUCGUGCCUUUGAUACACUAAGUGUGGAUAGCUCAGACAGCAUGGACACCAGCAUCUCUGCAUGCUCACCCGACAACAUCUCUAGUGCCAGCACCUCCAAUGUUUUGAAGAUUGAGGAGAUGGAGCGCCUCCUCCGGGAGGCUCAGGCUGAGAAGCAUCGGCUCCUGGAAUACAGGGAGAGAGAGAUGGAGAGUAAGAGCAGGGCUCUGGAAGAGGAGAGAAGGAGGAGAGAAGAUCUGGAAAAACGGUUGCAGGAAGAAACCACCAGGAGGCAGAAACUGAUUGAGAGAGAAGUGAAACUGCGUGAAAAACAGAGAGCACAGUCUCGUCCCCUGACACGCUACCUGCCCGUGAGAAAGGACGACUUUGACCUUCGUGCCCACAUCGACUCUGCCGGCCACAACACAGAGACCUGUUAUCACAUCUCCAUCACAGAGAAAACCUGCAGGGGCUUCCUCAUUAAGAUGGGCGGCAAAAUCAAAACCUGGAAGAAGCGCUGGUUUGUCUUCGAUCGGAACCGCAGGACACUGAGCUACUACGCGGAUAAACACGAAGCCAAACUGAAAGGAGUGAUUUAUUUUCAGGCCAUAGAGGAAGUGUAUUAUGAUCACUUAAAGAGCGCACACAAGAGUCCAAACCCUUCUCUAACGUUCAGUGUGAAGACUCACGAUCGUGUUUACUACAUGGUGGCUCCCUCCCCAGAAGCUAUGAGAAUAUGGAUGGACGUUAUCGUGACAGGAGCCGAGGGAUACACUCAGUUCAUGAUUUAGACAUUAUCUAAUGGAGGAAUAAUAAGUGCGGUGUGUGAAUUCAACCACCGGACUUGAUCUGCACUCCUUCACAUGCUGGUUUCACUAUUGAUUCCCCUGAACGCUGGACUGAUUGUGUUCAUAAAGUUUUUUCCCCGAGUAUCUCGAUCCACAGUAUUGAAGCUUUUCUAUUUGCUGCCUUCAUAUUUUUUAAUCAUUUUUAUGCAACUUUUUGGCAACCCACAUGACUGAACUAUAAUAUUUGUGUGUAUGUCUUGGUAUUUUGUCUGUGUUUGUGUGAAGAGGUGUUAAAUGAUUUUUAGCGCCAAUGUGCCACGUUGUGUGUGGUCUGUUUGUUACCUUGUGUACAGGGCCUCAGGGACACACAAUCAUUAUGAUAUAAACAGCUGUCAGCUGUUCAGCCAAAGAUUAAACACACACACACACACUGACCACUACACGCUGUAGAGUUUAUGUAUAGAUACAUGUUUUGCGUUUGUAACAGUGCCUUCAGUUUUGUAUUAUAUUGAUAUGCCUGUAUACCCGACAUUCAUAUUAAUCCAAGGUGCUAACAGACCCCGAUUACCAGUUUAAAGCUAUUGUAGCACUACAGUUAUUCAAUAUAAAACUCUCAAACUUUCCAAAACACUUAAGGCUGCUUGGCAUUGAGGUAUUAUGCUGAUGUUAAAGGAUAAAACGUCUUGUUGUCUAAUUAUGCACACAUAGAAACUAGGUUUUUAGUAUGUUUUAUGAUAUUUUAUUAUCAUGCAUAUGUAACAUUUGCAUUUUAUGGACUUUAUUCAUUGCUUCUGGGCUAUUUUCAGGGUAUGGAUAUUUGUAUUUCUUUUGAAGAAACAGCAAUGCCACAAGCAAGUUAUUAGAAACUAUUAUACAUAGAAAUUAGAUUUUAUAACACUAACAACUGUAUUUUUUAUGGACAGUAUUUAAUGCUUUCAACCCAUUUUCAGUUGGUUUGGAGAGACAGCAGUGUCACAAAUGUAGAAACUAGGUUUUUAGUGUGUUUUAUAACACCUGAUCAUUUAAUCAAAGUGCUUAUGUAACAUUUACAUUUUUAUUUUCUAUAAUUCUCCGUUUAGCAACAUUUCUCUGUGCCACAAACAAGACGUCACCGCAAAACCAAAAAUAAAUUGGUUUUCCUAAUCCCUAGAAUUUAGCAUAAAGUUGCUUACAUCACAUUAAUUCCAUACAGUUUGGGUUGUUUUAUUAGUACAAAUCCAAUCAGGCCGAAUUGAAAAGGAUUUCACUGCCACCAGCAGGGGGCGACAGCCAUCCACACGUGCUCAACAUGUUAGCCAUUAAAGCUCGUGUCUGUGAAUUAGCCAGUUGUGUUUUGAAUAUUUUUAAUAUUCCUUUCAGAUGAAUAUUUAUACUGUUGUUUACCGUGCAUGCACCUUUUUUUGCAUACUGCAAAAUAAAGCAGAUGUAUAAUGUU